AAACACAUGCCACCGACAUCUGACUUUUAAAACAGAACCAGUAAUCAUCGAUUCAUUAUUAUUUAUUAUAGUUUCCGUACGAAAUUAAACUUCCUUAAAAAAAACCUAGUUUCCUUGUGCUUCUUCUUCAUGGAUCAUCAACAUAGCUCCGAUUCACCUAUGCAUGAAUCCACAACUUCUUCUUCUUCUUCUUCAUGGAGUUUCGGCAAUCUAAUCAAAACCCUAUCGACAAAAUCCGAAUCUGUAAUCGGAUCCUACCGUCGCGAUUUGGUCGAAUUCGGAUCCGAAUUGAAGAAAGAAACCUCAAUAAUCCGACGAGUAGCUUCAAGAUUACCUGAUUCUCUCGAAAUUGGCGCCUCCGUCGCUUCGGAAUCUCUCGAAUCGGUAGGUCAAGUUAUCGACGAUAUCGGCGCCACCGUGUGGAAAUCAACGGCUAAGAUUAUUUCUCGUGGUAAGGAAUCUUUAGAACCGAAUCGUGACCGUACAAAUCAGGUUUUGUCGUUGAAACCUUAUCGUCGUUUUGAGAUGAUGUUACUUGCGUUACAAUCUGAUAAAGGCACGUUUGUUAGAGAACCUGAUGAUUUAAGUGAUUUUGAGAAUUGGAGUUUAGGGUUGAAGUUAGAGGAGAAAAGGAAUGAGAUUGUUGAGUUGAUUAAUGGGAACAAAGGUGUUAAAGAGAUCUAUGAGGAGAUUGUUCCUGUUGAAGUUGAUGCUGAGACUUUUUGGAGAAGGUAUUAUUAUAAAGUUUAUAAGCUUGAGCAAGUAGAGGAAGCUAGGGUUAAGCUUGUGAAGAGAGCUAUUUCUGGUGAAGAAGAUGAGGAUUUAAGCUGGGAUCUUGAUGAUGAGAAGGAGAAGGUAGAGAGCAGAGAUGUUUCGUCUAAGGAUAGUGAUUAUUCGGUGAUUUCGACACAGCCAUCGUUACUUGGUAGUGAAGAUCUUGGGUGGGAUAAGAUGGAAGAAGAUAUCAGAAGCAAUGAGGAGAGAUUGGAUUGGCGAAGACGGGCCGGUGUAGCGGUGGAGGAAGAAGAGGAUUUAUCUUGGGAUAUUGAAGAUGAAGAUGAUGACUCUGUUCAACAAUAGAUAGAGUAUACUUGUGUUACAGAAAAGGCAAAGAUUUAGUGUGAUCAUAGUUAUUAAGUGUGAUCUAUACCUAUACAACAAUUCUUCGAUUUGUAUAGUACUCUGCUUUGGUAAAUUUAAUCCAAUAUGUUUAAAUUACAUUAGAUAUGCUGCAAUUCAAAAGACAAUGCAGUUCUAGGAAAAAUUAAUUUAAGUUCUUAAUCUUUUUCUCUGUAUCAGUAUUUUGAGUAACAAGAAGAGCUAAUGUUAG